UUCUCUGUAUAUGAAUCAUUCAUUAUUACCAGUGAGAGAUCACAGUGUGGAGAUGCAGUCUCCAAGAAUACCUGGCAGAAAGCGAGGACGCCCUCCACUUCAUUCCAACCCCCUGAAAAUGACAGUCCACAACCUCUACUCUGGGUCAGCAGGGUCCAUACCAGCUGUGAAGAUCCCUAAGAAGAGAGGCAGAAAGCCUGGCUUUAAGUACAUAAGAACUCCUGUACCACUGCUCACCUUACCUGUAGCGAACCCGAAACGUUGUUUCUCUCUGCAUGCCCUCACUCUAAAUCUUCAAGCAUUGCAUCUUCGGAGUCUGAAGUCCCGGGUUGUUAUGACCCCGCUAGCUAUCUCUCCACCGCGUAGCACCCCAGAGCCUGAUAUUAGCUCUAUUCCCCAGGAUGCAGCCACCGUACCCAACUCUGCGGUCCCACAGGCUCUUACAGUUUGUAUUUACGUGAACAAGCAAGCAAAUACAGGCCCAUAUCUUGACAGAAAGAAGGUUCAGCAGCUGCCUGAUCACUUUGGGCCUGAGAGACCCUCUAUGGUGCUACAGCAAGCAGUGCAAGCCUGUAUCGAUUGUGCUCAUCAGCAGAAGAGUGUUUUCUCCCUGGUAAAGCAAGGAUAUGGAGGGGAAAUGGUGUCAGUUUCUGCUUCAUUUGAGGGUAAGCAGCACCUCCUCAGCCUUCCUGUGGUGAACAGCAUAGGCUAUGUCCUGCGCUUCUUGAAGAAGCUUUGCCGCAGCCUAAUUUGUGACAAUCUGUUCAGUAACCAGCCGUUUGUGCAGUACAGCACCACAUCAGAUAACCCUAAGGAGUACGAUACUGGGAGGAUGGAGUCAGAAACUGUGAUACCCGAGGAUUAUCUGGUUGAUCCUGUGAAUACAAAGAGAUACAGCAUGGAUCCCUCUGAUUCAGCCUUUAAUUAUAUGGGUUCCUUGUACCCUAUGAGACAGAACUCAGGAGAUGGACGUCUUGGAUCUGGAGGAGGCUCUUCUUCAUCCUGCAGCCAUGGUUCUAACCGAAUGUCAUCAGGAGGACCCUCCUCUGGCAACUUAAGACGACAGGCGGCUAGCCCUACCAGAAAUGGAUCAUACCUUGAGGGAAACAGAAGUGCCUCCAGUCCAUCCCCUGAAAACCAGGAGCCAAACAGGCCAGCAAGCAAAGACCCUUCCAGCUGGAGCGUUGAGGAUGUUGUGUGGUUUGUGAAGGAUGCUGAUCCGCAAGCUUUAGGCCCUCAUGUUGACCUUUUCAGAAAACAUGAGAUUGAUGGCAAUGCCUUGUUGCUGCUGAGGAGCGACAUGGUCAUGAAAUAUUUGGGACUAAAACUAGGGCCUGCCCUGAAGCUGUGCUAUCAUAUUGAUAAGCUGAAACAAGUCAAGUUCUGACAUUGCUGUCAUAUAAAUAUGGUACUUUAAAACAGUAGAGGUUGCCUUAUUAAGAAAAAAGGCCAUCCAACCAUUUUGCAUAAGCUUGCCUUUUAUAAAAUACUUUUUUUUUCUUCAUAUUCUGAAUUUACUGGAAAUCCUUGCAAUCAAUUGCACUGAAUGUGGAUGACAUUACCAUAGUCUUUAAUAAGUGGCAACUGUGAUGACUUGCCAAAUGCUAAACCAUCACAGUCAGUGUUCUCAACCGCUUUUUUGGCAAGUAUCAC